UUCUCGGUGGUGGGAAGGAAAUUAACGGCGCACCAGCGGAAGUCAACACAGUUGUAAGAUUUUCGGAGCGGCGAGUAGGAGACUAAAGUGGAAAUUUGUCUUGUAACGCUACAGCACCUUUCAGAGCUUAUGGCUUCCAGUCCCAGUAUAGAUAUAGAAGGCGCGACCCAGCACCUCAGAGACAUCUUAAAACUGGAUCGGCCCUCCAACUCUGCCGACAGUGCUGCAGGUGAGAGCCAGCGGAACACCUCGUGUAAUGGAGAGCUAAACGGCCUUUUGGGAACUGACCUUAUUGGAGCAGGGGUUCGAAGUGCUAUGAUGGAAACAACAGCUCACAACUCAGAUAGCAUGAAUAUGGCUGAUGCACAGACAAUUUCCCUGACCGGUGACGAUGACUCGACCUGCAUUCCUAUCACUUCCAGCAAUGUGGUAAUUGUCGCCAGUCGAGACUCAAGCAUUGGCAGUAAAGCUCGUGGGAGUAACAAGGUUAAAAUCCAGCCAGUGGCAAAAUAUGACUGGGAGCACAAGUAUUACUAUGGCAAACUUAUAGCGGUCUCUAAUUCAUACUUGGCAUAUGCCAUUAGAGGUGCCAACAAUCACUAUAUGGUCCGUGUCCUGCGUUUGGGCUCGACGGAGCGCACGCUGCUGAAGGGUUUUACUGGUUCUGUCACAGACCUGGCCUUUGCCCAUCUUGACUCCACCCUGCUGGGCUGUGUGGACGAAGCCGGCAACAUGUUCAUCUGGCAGCUCACCAGUGAAAAUGGCAAAAUACAAGAUGAGGUGAUUGUGCAUAUCCGGAGACCUGAAGACACUCCACUAAACUCGAAUCGAAGACUUAUCUGGUGCCCCUUCAUUCCUGAGGACAAUGAGGAGAACCCAGAGGAUGGCUGCCAGACACUGGCAUUGCUGCAUGAAGAUAGGGCUGAGGUUUGGGACCUUGACAUCCUGCGUUCGAGCAACACCACAUGGCCUGUGGAUGCUAUGGAGAUUAAAGAGGGCUUCAUCGCCAUUAAAGGACAUACGGCGCGUAUCAGCGAAGGUGCUUUGUCACCAGAUGGCACGGUCCUCGCCACAGCCAGUCAUGAUGGCUAUGUCAAAUUCUGGCAGAUCUAUAUUGACGGACAGGACCAACCAAGAUGUUUACAUGAGUGGCAGCCACAUAAUGGACGGCCUCUCUCCUGCCUCCUCUUCUGUGACAACCAUAAGAAGCAGGAUCCAGACGUGCCGUUCUGGCGAUUCUUAAUCACAGGAGCAGAUCAGAACCAGGAACUGAAGAUGUGGUGCACAGUAUCGUGGACUUGUCUACAGACUAUUAAGUUUAGUCCUGACCCAGUAAACUCGAGUGUUCUGCCCAGUCUGAAAGCCAGUCUGGACCUGUCUGCUGAGUGCCUCAUUUUAACAGAUGUGCAGAGGAAGGUUCUGUAUGUGAUGGAGCUUCUUCAGGAUCAGGAGAAGGGCCAUGCUAGUUUUAUGGCUGUCUCAGAGUUCCUGCUUACACACCCUGUUCUAAGCUUUGGUGUUCAGGAUGUCAGCCAUGCUCGCUUGCGGCACACUGAAGUCCUCCCGCCAGACGAGGAGAGUGAAAGCAUGACCACAGAGGGAAGCCAGGGACCACUGGAGUCAAAAUCAGGAAUCCAGAUCAAACUUUACUGUGUGCAUACAAAGUCCCUUCAGGAUGUGCAGAUCUGGUUCCAGCCUAACCAGGGCGCUGCUGCUGCUUCCCUGUUUAUGCCUACAUGCUCUGGCUCCCAGGACGGCUUUGGUUUUGCAGACCCUUUCACUGAUUUGAGCAUGGAGGUGUUGAGCUCAGAUAAGGAAUCUGGUGCAAGUGGUUCACAGACAGACCUAUGUAAGAUCCCCUCUCUCCCAGCUCCAGCUGACUUCCUGAGCCCCUCUGGUUCAACCAUGCCUAAACUCAUGACCCCGGAUGCCUUCAUGACACCCAACGCAUCCGUACCAGCCUCCCCUGGCAGCAGUGCCAGCAGUUUGACUAUAGUAACUGCCAUGAGCAGCUCAGACAGUGGUCCAAGGGCUGCAGAUGACCUCACCCAGAGCCCUAAGAUGUGUACAGAUGCAGUCAGUAGCAGCUUGAACCUCAAUGCCAGCACUAGCAGCCCUAGAGCCAACUCGAUCCUCAUUUCAGGCCUGGGCGAGAAUAUCCAGGUGCUGCCCUCUCCGAAUUCCUCUAUGUCUCUCGACCUCCAGGCUAUGGAACCUGUGCUGCUACCCCAGGCAUCCCCUACUAGAGCUCGCUCACCUGACGUAAUCUCUUCGGCCUCCACGGCCAUAUCGCAGGACAUCAUCCCUGAGAUUGCCUCAGAGACAUUGUCUAGGGGGUUGGGCGAGGCACGUGACCCCCUCCAGGGCCUUCAGGACAGCAUGGCAUCAGCAGCCUCAGCACUGCAACUGCUCUCACCACUGGACUUGAGUGGAGGAGCAUCUGGAGAUGGUGAGCAAAGGCUCAGCAGCACGCCCUCAUUGCUGGAGACAGCGCUGUCGCAGGAAAACGCAGUUAACGCAGUUGCAUCAUCUUGCUCCGAAAGUGGUGCCAGCCGCAGCUGGCCUGCAGCACCCGAUAUCACACGUGAAACACGGAACAGCCUGCGAGAUAACGGCCUGGGAGAAUGCUCUAGAGAGGACUUGAAGGACAUGCACAUGUCGUCCCCCUUCCACAGACGCACCUACCACCUAACACAGAAUGACAGCCAGGAUGCCAGUGCAGAACAGAGCGAUCAUGAUGAUGAGGUGGCCAGUCUGGCCUCAUCUUCAGGAAACUGUGGCUCUCGAGCCUCUCACAGGCUCCCAGUGAAGGACUGGAAGACUUCACCUCGUGGCUCGCCCAAACUCAAGCGCAAGAGCAAAAAAGAUGAAGGUGAUUCUUCGCAGUCCAGGCAUGUGGAUAGUCAGCUGAGCAUGGAGGUACAGGAGGAGCUGCUGUUGCUGCUUAGGAGCCAACAGAGGGAGCUGGAUGAGCUGCGGCAGAGCCAGCAGGAGCUGUUGCAGAGGCUCACGGGCAACAUGGAUGCUGUCCAGAGCUCCAUAAUGGCCCACGUAGAGCACGUCCUGCACACUCAACAGGAACAAGGACAAAGAACAAUGGAGCGGGUGUUGGCAGAGGGGCACACACGGAACCAGCAGCUCCAAGAGCACAUGGCACAGCAACUGGCUCACACCCUGGGCACCACUGUCUCAAAUCGCCUGGACAAAGUGUUACGUGAGGAGAUGAAAAAAUCAGUUCCUCAGACCAUAACAAAGAGUCUGGAACCACUGACUGGACAGAUGAGUAACGUUAUUGCAGCCAAGCUUGCUGCAGUAGAGACUACACUAAAGGAAAAUGUCACCAAAGUUGUUAAGUCUAAGAACACUACUGAUGCCAUCGGUCGAGCUGCAGCCGAAGCCAUGCAGGGUCCUAUCCAGGCAGCCUACAAAGAUGCCUUCCAAAGCAUUGUGCUUCCUGUAUUUGAACGUGGCUGCCAGUCUAUGUUUCAGCAGAUAAAUGACAGCUUUAAACAAGGAACCAAUGAGUACAUUCAGCAGCUGGAAACACAUGUCAAAAACAGGAAGCAGAGAGAACAAGAUGCCAGAGACCCUAUAAUUGGUCAGUUGCAGCUGAUGAUUGAUUCAUUGCAGACUUCCCAAGACCAGCUGGCCACCACAGUAGCAGCCAGUGUGCGCUCUGAGGUUCAGCACCAACUUCACAUGAUUGUGGGAAAUCUGCAGGAUUCGAUCCUUAACCAGGUGCAGCGCAUUGUGAAGGGCGAGGUGAGCCAGGCUAUGAAGGAGCAACAGGUGGUCGUCACAUCUAGCAUCAUGCAGGCCAUGCGCUCAGCGGCCAGCACACCCGUCCCAACUGCCCACCUCGACUUCCAGGCGCAGCAGGCCAGCAUCCUGCAGCUGCUGCAACAGGGUCAGCUCAAUGAGGCUUUCCAGCAGGCAUUGUCUGCAGCCGAUUUGAACCUGGUACUCUACGUGUGUGAGACCGUUGACUCCCAGCAAGUGUUUGGCCAGAGCCCUUGUCCCCUGCACCAGGCUGUGCUGCUCUCACUUAUCCAGCAGCUCUCCACCAACCUGGUUACACGCACCGACCUCAAGAUCAGCUAUCUGGAGGAUGCUGUGAUGAACCUAGAUCAUGGUGACCCAGUCACCAGGGACCACAUGAGCGCCGUGCUGUCACAAGUGCGUCAGAAGCUGUUCCAGUUCCUACAGCAGGACCCUCACAGCUCCCUGAGCAAGCGUGCUCGCCGCCUCCUGAUGAUGCUGCAGGGUCUUGUUAACCACUAACGCACUUCCACUCCGCCCUCCACUUGCCCAUCUGCAGUCUUAUCGACUUUCACUCUCUCCUACCCUGCCCCUCCCUCCCUCGGCUUGCCUGUACAGAUCACUAUGCUUUGCUCAGUAGCACAAAUGAUCCUCAGCGGAUUGCAUGGUGGGAUUUGUAGUCCAGACAGAGACGCUGUAAUUUGCGUUAUGACAGCACUACAUUUCCCAUCAAGCCCUCCAAGAUAUAGUAGAUAUAGUAUGUGACAUUCUUGAGCCAUUUUUGCUGUUUGGUCUUUCAUCGUUUCUAGUAACAAGAAAAUAGUUUGGACUGUUGAGGCAGAGGAUUUUUUUUUGUGCUGUCAUUCUGGCAACGUGAAACUUGGCUCCUGAAUUUGUGUUCAAGAACUAAAUUUUAUAAUCAGUAAAUAAUUCUACUUGUCCGGAGGAGUAACACAACUGAAUAUAUCCCACAUUGAACUGCUGGACUCGUAUCUCAUGCAACCCACACAUCAUGCAUCUGAUUAGUCUACAAACGGUUUCUGAACAUUCACAUCCAUCACAUUAAAGGACUUUAUAUGCCAAAAAGGAGCGCUUUAGUCUGGUUUAUGUAAAAAGCUCUUGGUUGUUACGCGGAGAGCGGUUUGACUUAUAAAAAAAAGUGUAGUGCUCCUGUUAGGUCUCCAGGGGGCAGAAAUUUAUAUGGCUUCCAUCUGCAUUUAUAUCUGUCUGUUUAUUUGCUCUUACUUUGUGUAUAGUUUCUUGUCUUCCCUCAGCCCUGGUGAGAAGCACUGUUUUCUUCUCUUUCUAGUUCAGAUUUAGUUCUGCCCACUUUUUCUUGAAUGUUGUUAGUUCAAACCAGAAGCUAGGUUUUAGUUCUGCAAAAAAAAUUAUAAAACGAAGAAAAAAGAAAAGGGCAAAAACGCUGUGUUAUGAUGCACAGGAAUUUAUUUAGUCAUGUUCUCAUUAAAGCAAGGACACAUUUACAGAAAGUGCCUUAUUAGACAUGGGUGAUGUGCUUCUGGAUCCCUACCAGAUGGGCCAUAUAGCUGAAUGUCUGCUCCUUAAACAUUUAUCUUUUUUUGCUCUUGGGGAGGGAUAUAAAAUGCAUCUGGGCAGCCAGAAGGCUUAAUGCAUUUUUUUUUUCUUUCCUUUCCUAAAAAGUACUCAAGAUUUUGUAGUCUUUGAGUUUCCCCCAAUCUGAAAAGUAUUUCAUGUGACUGACAUUUAAAAGAAACAUUCGAAUUAGAGUGCUAUUGUUGGUGCACAUUUAUGACCACAAAGCAAAAAACUAAAUAAUUUUUGAUUUGCAUGUUGUAGUUUUUUUUUUUGUUUUUUUUUGGGCUAUUCAGGACCAUCAUUAUUGUAUUCUGUACUCUAUUCAUAAUCACCAUAGUUAACUGAUGUUUUCUUGGUGAAAAACAAGCAUUGGGAGAUCACUAAUCGGUAUAUGCUAAGCUGAGAAUGCUUGCAUGCUGCUGAGAAAAGCUGCGUGUAUAUUCAGUCUAAGAUGCCCUUUUCCACAAGCUUGUCAAUUCCCAUUAGUGUUAGAUGUCCAAUACUCCAGCACCCAAAGACCUGCAUUUAUCUCACUUCUCCCUCCUCUUAAAUGAAUCCAAACGUGUAGCUCUUUCACUUUUUUCAUUUCUUAAACAGUGCUCUGUGGUUGAAUAGUUUGUUUUCUGUGCGAGUUUUUUGCUAAAACUCAUUUUCAUCCUGUACCACAGUUGUAGGCAGGUGACUUCAUUGUAAAUUGAUCAAAUAGUUUUGAUGUUCUUGAGUACUGUUUGAGUUGGAUACUGAUCAGGGUAACGCAUCAGAAUCAUACAGACGUGAAUGUCAGAACCUUGCACAUUUCCAAGUUUGCGUUUAAGAUCUAGUUCUUGUUUCAUUUAUGACAAAUAUGGAUCAUUUGAUUUUUUUUUUUUUUUUCUAACAUUGUUCUGAAUUUUUUUUUCUUUUUGUUUGAUUUACGUUGUAUAUUUUACACCUACUUCUUUUACCCUAGAUGUUUUGGAAUAAAAAAAAAGGAAAAUA